AUGUUUGAUUGUUCUCAAUUUGUAAAUGAUUAUGAAAUAAUUAAUUUUUUUCCUUAUCUAGUUCAAUUAAAUCCAGAAUUUCAAUAUUCUACAAAAACUUAUGCAUUAAUGAAUGAAGAACAUUCAAUUUUUUAUAUUAAUAUUGCUUAUCAAAUCUAUGUUCCAUCAAUAAUUAAUUGCUUAAAAUAUUUAAUAAAAUUAGAUAUACGAAAUACAAGUUUUUGUGAUAUGAAAAAAGGAAUUCUUGUUCAUAUGAAAUAUUUACCAUCAUCACUGAUUCAUUUAGGUAUUUAUGAUUGUUUUAUUGAAAAUAUAUUUGAAGAAAUUGGAAAAUUGAUUCGUCUUGAAACAUUAGAAUUAUCAAAUAUCAAUUUAAUUAAUGUUCCAAAUCAAAUUGGAAAUUUAUCUUCAUUAAGUUUUUUAUCAUUACCGAAUAAUAAAUUAAUUCAUAUACCAUCCACUAUUAAAAAUCUUCAUUUAUUAUCAAAAAUAAAUUUAAAAAAUAAUCGUCAACUUCGAUCAAUUCAAAUGUUAAAUGGUUUAAAAUCACUUAAAAUCUUAGAUGUAAGACAUUGCUCAAUUGAUCGUCUUCCACUUUAUUUAUCUCAAUUAACUAAUUUAUAUAUGUCAAAUAAUUAUCUUAUUAAUCUUGUUGGCAUUGAAACUUUAGGUUAUGAAAAUAGUUAUAAAAAAUAUUUUUAUUUUGACAUCAAUCGAAUUGAAUUAAUUCCAACAAGAAUUCGUUAUGUUAAAAAUCUUUAUUGGUUAAAUCUGAAUAAUAAUUAUUUAGAGAACUUACCAAAAGAUAUAUUUAAUAUUAUGACACUUUCGUAUUUAUAUAUGCAAUAUAAUCGUUUUCAUCAUCAACAAUUAGAAUUUAUUGCUAAUAAAUUCAAAUAUAAUAAUCCAAAUUUAACAUUGAUUUAUUCAAAUAAAUCAUUUAUGUAA